AUGCAGAGUGGCGCAAUCCCAGAUAUCAGCCUCAGUGCAAGUUCAACUUGGAAUUCUUACACCGGAGCAAGCUUGGCCAGGCUGAACCUAACAGAGCGAGGGAACUACAGCGGAGGUUGGGUCGCUGGUGUCCAAGCUCUCUCACAGUAUUUGCAAAUUGUUUUCAGUGCGACUGAAACUGUUCUGACAGGUAUAGCGACACAAGGGAGAGAAGGCGCUAAUCAGUGGGUCAAAAGUUACUUUUUAAUUUACAAGAAUUCGAACUGGCAUAAUUACAAAGAGACACGAGGAAUUGCAUAUACUGUGAGUAUGAUACAAGCUUCUUUGAGCGAUAUAAUUAUUUAAAGUGGCAGAAGCGUGUUAACACUUCUAUAAGAGGUCAUAUGUUUUUCGCGAAUCCUCUUGAAGGUUGGAGCAGACUUGAAUUUGAGCGAAUAAUUUAUUACCCAUAGAAAACGUGACUGUUUAAACGAAGACUUGGAUGCUGGUGCAAAGACUUUAUUGAUGACUUAAAGAGAGUACUUGGUUGCUGAUAAGAAAACUUCAACCUUGAAUCUUUUUAGGCGUGUUUGAACUCGGAUUAAUGGCAGUUAGGAACGAAUUUGAAUGCAAAGAAACGGUUUUUGUAUUUAAAAGUAAGAUAAUGUUUAACAGAAAAACUUAAAUGUUGAAAUUAACAUUUGAGAGUUUAUUUGGAACCAACAUAAUAACCAGCUCCCAGUUGGCUUGUUAGCCCAGUUAGUAGAACGUUGCACCGGUAACGCGGAGGUCGUAGGUUCAAAUCCCGUACAGGCCUGGAUUUAUUUACUCAGUAGUGUUCCUAACUGCGAGGAUUACUUACAUAUUCGUAACACUUGAAUGUUACAUAUGGUUUAGAGGUAAACUUGACUGUUAAUAGUAAAACCUAAAUGUUGAAAAUAGCGGCUGAAUUCUGUAUAUGUUUCAAAAGAAAACUUGAAUGUUGAAAAUAACACUUGAAUUUUGGCGGGGAAAUUAACGGCAUACUGAGUAGCGCAAAUUGGACUUCAAUGGCCUAAACGAAAAUAAUUCCGAGAUUGAGUGCGGCGUUUUUUGGCGGUGUACCAUAACGUUUUAUCUUGUUUCAUAGGAAUCUUUUAUAAUUUUAAUUAUUGUUAUGAUUAUAGGUUCAUUAAUCAUUACUAUCAACAGCAUCAUGCUUGCAGUUUACAAUCAAACAAACAAAUGACCAGUUCCCUCUGGUUUGUUAACUAAGUUAGCAAAGCUCUCGUACAGGCCUGAGAAAUUUUCAGGCUUUAUUUAGUGUCCAUAGAUGGGAAGAUCACUCACAUAAGUCUCUUUGAUUGGUGGUGAUAGUGCUAGCAACAGUAAUAGUAGUAGUCGGAGCAGCAGCAGUGGUAUAGGUAAAAUAAGUUGUGGUAGAAGUAGAAAUUGUAGUAAUAUAAGCAGUAGUAGUAGUAGUAGUAGUAGUAGUAGUAGUAGUAGUAGUAGUAGUAGUAGUAGUAGUAGGAAUAGUGGUAAGCCAAGUUCCAGCCGAGAGCAACUCCAGCUUUUUCAGUUGAAUGCGCUCCAAACUUCCCAAGUGUAUCAAUAACUCGAUAGACGCACAGCUAAAAGCAUGAGCAAAUUCUUCUAUAACAGAGCGACAACAAAGAUCUGCGCGAAGAAGCCUUUUAUUGUGAUAGAGUGCAAAAUUCUCGCAACGCACAAAAAAAAAAGUAAACAGACGUCCCUAUCGACUGGUCAAAAACACGCCACAUUUUAUACCUUGGUUUGAGCGAGAACAUUUCAUCCAGUUAACCUAUAAUUGUGAAUGAAAAGCUCAAAAUUUACGGGGAAAAUGGAGAAAAUGGUCUAGAAAACGUUCUUGCAAAAUUUUAUGUGGGACAGAGCACUAAUGUCGCAUAAGCAGUUAAAAAUGCAUAUUAAUCUCCUUAAGUAAAUUUUCUGGGAUAUGUAAUCACUCUUCUUAUGAAAGUUACUAUUAAGAAGUGCCACUUCAUUGCCUUAAGUGUCAUGGUCUUUCGCGUUUCAGUAGUUUGUUUUCUUUUUAUGUUAUAUUUUACCAAUUUUAGGUGUUUCAAGGAAAUACAGACCGUAAUGGUAUUGUCAGACACAAAUUGAGCCCCAUUAUCAGAGCACAUACCUUUCGCUUCGUAGUUCUGGAGUGGCACAACAUAAUAGCAAUGAGAGUGGAGUUAUAUGGUUGCAGCGGUAAUUAAAGAUUCAAGCUGCUUUCCCUUUGUCUUCAUCGAGAACGAUGAACAGUUGCCAGUUUCCAAUUUCAACCUGAAGCUUUGGAUGAAAGCCACUUGAUUGAUGCACAACAGCUUAACCUUUUUCUCAUCUAUUAUAAGACUAAUUAUUUAGUAUCUGAUGCGAAGCAUUAUAUAAAAUCGAAAAGAAAGACUCACUGUACUAAAUUCACAAACUUACUGAUACACUGACUCACCAACUCUUUGACUCCCUGACUCCCUGACUCACUAACUCACUGACUCACUGACUCACUGACUCACUGACUCACUGACUCACUUACUCACUUACUCACUUACUCACUUACUCACUUACUCACUUACUCACUUACUCACUUACUCACUUACUCACUUACUCACUUACUCACUUACUCACUUACUCACUUACUCACUUACUCACUUACUCACUUACUCACUUACUCACUUACUCACUUACUCACUUACUCACUUACUCACUUACUCACUUACUCACUUACUCACUUACUCACUUACUCACUUACUCACUUACUCACUUACUCACUUACUCACUUACUCACUUACUCACUUACUCACUUACUCACUUACUCACUUACUCACUUACUCACUUACUCACUUACUCACUGAAUCACUGACUCACUGACUCACUGACUCACUGACUCACUGACUCACUGACUCACUGACUCACUGACUCACUGACUCACUGACUCACUGACUCACUGAAUCACUGACUCACUGACUCACGGACUCACUGACUCACUGACUCACGGACUCACUGACUCACUGACUCACUGACUCACUGACUCACUGACUCACUGACUCACUGACUCACUGACUCACUGACUCACUGACUCACUGACUCACUGACUCACUGACUCACUGACUCACUGACUCACUGACUCACUGACUCACUGACUCACUGACUCACUGACUCACUGACUCACUGACUCACUGACUCACUGACUCACGGACUCACGGACUCACGGACUCACUGACUCACUGACUCACUGACUCACUGACUCACUGACUCACUGACUCACUGACUCACUGACUCACUGACUCACUGACUCACUGACUCACUGACUCACUGACUCACUGACUCACUGACUCACUGACUCACUGACUCACUGACUCACUGACUCACUGACUCACUGACUCACUGACUCACUGACUCACUGACUCACUGACUCACUGACUCACUGACUUACUGACUUACUGUAUCACCAACUGGCUGACUCUUCAAAUAACUUACUGACUGACUGGUUCACGGACUCACUGACUUACUGACUCCGACUGACUGACCGAAAGAAUGACUGACUGACUGACAGCCAAAUAGACAGAAAAAUCCGCUGACCGAGUUACUCACUGAAUAACUGUUUAGCUGGUUGACUGACAAGCUGACUGAAAGCCAGAAUAAUUAAAACCUAUGUACCCUGCUCCGCUGCCUUCACCAGUGAAAUAUUUUAACUUUUCCUGUGCGUUUGGGGUAAGAGCUUUUAAAACUAUUGGUGAUUGUAAUUUGCUUUAUUUUCAUGGCUUACCACUAACGAAUUUUAUUCAUGUUGUACAGAUCCCUGUUCAAGCAAUCCAUGCCUGAAUAAUGGCACCUGCACUAGUGACCCUAGUGGUUCCUAUGCUUGUGCAUGUCCACCGAUGUACACUGGUUCUCUGUGUGCCACUUUGCAGGGUAGGGCCAAAGAUUUCAGGGUACAGUGGAGUGGGCAAUACAAUUUUUUCAGCAUCAAUGUAACACGCAUUUACUGUGAAACUAAUAGUAGCACUUUGCAGCCCUUCUGUCUCUUUUUAGACAUGUUGAUAUAUCAACUGUUUUCUUGGAGGUUUUCUCAUUCCUGCCAUUGCUAGCCUAAGUACCAUGGAGUUGCAAUAAAUGUUACAUCCCUCGUCUUUUUCCUCUUUAAUGUCACGGAGCUUUCUAAAGCGUACUGGGGGUGGGAGUUACAAUCUCCCCCUGCCUUCUUAAACAUAUUAUACAGAUAUAUUUUAUUUAUUUAUUUAUUUAUUUAACGUUGAUCCUCUUUCGUGUUUGUAUUUCAUACAGACUUCUGUUCUUCAAACCCCUGUCAGAACGGCGGAAGCUGCAUUAAUACGCCAGAUGGCUUCAAGUGCACAUGCCUCAUGUGGUACACUGGGAACGACUGUAGCACAAAACGUAAUAGGAUUUCUUUUUUACUAGUAUAUCGCACAAAAAUCAUCAGUCCCUCCCUGGCAUUACAGCGAUAAAAGAUUUCUAGCAAGGAUUCUCAAUGAAUGAACGAGUUAACGUGGGGACAGACAAAUGAAUGAACAAAACCAGCAGGAAAAAAUAGAAUAGGUUGAAAGAACCCGCCUCACAGACUCACCUGCCUCAGAGACUGACCGCCAAACAGACCAACUUAUCAAGAUUUAUAGUCUGGCAGACUGACAGACUCUGACAAAGGGCUAAUGCACCAAACUCCAACUUUGAAACUCUUAACGCCGACCAAUUUACGUGGUCAACUCAUUUGAUAACACCAAAUUACCUUGUUAAACUAUAAGGAUGUCAGACUGACAGACCUACUUCCUGACUAAAUAACACACUGACCGACUGACAGACUAAAAAAGUGACAACUAAGGAAAAGACCGGCAAACUGAAGAACUGACGGAAAGAUCGACUGGUUGACAGACCAACAGAAAGUUAGAAAUAUCGCACAUUAGGAUUGAUUGUGGCACAGAAAAUUUUCGACUUGCUGAGUAGUGAAUGUUUCGUUAAAAAAAAUGCUAUCACCCGACAUUUGACAAAGAACAUUUGAAGAUCUUUGUACCUUUCUAUGACAUAUUUUUACUCUGAUACUCGAACAGAGCAAUUUUUUUCCUAACAACAGAGUGUCACGGGCCUCUUGGAAUGCAAAGCGGUGCAAUUCGAGACCAUCAGAUCAUUGCAUCUUCGGAAAAAGACAAUUCUACUCGCGUUCGCUUUGCAAGACUGCACUACGAGUACAAUAAGAAGCCAAUGUCUUGGGUACCUUUGCUGGACCAUAGAAAUCAAUGGUUGCAGGUUUAUUUAGGGAACGAGCUGACCUGGGUCACAGGUGUAGCCACCCAAGGAAAACAGGGUAAAAGAAAAGCAUGGGUCAAAAAAUUCCUGCUGAGGUACUGGGGAGCUAGAGUGCGAGUGCAGUAUUAUAAGGGCCAUGGGGAUGUCCACGCCAAGGUGGGUGAAAUAGAGAAUAAUCCAUGGGCGAUGGUAUAAAAUUUCUCUUGAACUUUCAACGUUCAACGAUUACAAUGCUCACUCGUUGAAAAAAAGUUGAACACUUGACUAGAAUCAAAAACCUAUAGGCAACUGUGAAUUAUUUUGUUUGUUAUAUAAACAGGACCUUGGAUUGAUAAUGGUGAAUGCUUUGCUAUUCAUUCGUCAAUCCUCAUCGUAGCUGUGAUAGCAACUUUAAUUUUCAUAUGAUAAGGAGGGUUUAGGAUAUGCUACAAGAUGGAGUAUCCCAUCCCCCAUUUUAACAGUGGCGAUUGAUUGAUUCGUCGCUUUUUACGGUUUAACUUGUAAUCAAUCUUACACAUAUUAUCAUCUUUCCAAUUUCAGACAUUUACUGCAAAUAAAGACAGUAGCAGCGUUUCCCACAAUGAACUGAACCCACCUGUCAGAGCGAGUGUCUUUCGCUUCAGUCCAACGAAGUGGCACAAUAACAUAGCGUUGAGGAUAGAGCUCUAUGGAUGUCGAGGUAAUAAGGAGUUUUAGGGAAAACAGAACAUCUGAAAGCAAUUUAAAGAAAAUUUCGGGUAGAAAUGGAAAUAAUCCAUCUUCCAGCGAUCUCUCAAAAAUGAUGUAGACUGAUUGACAACGGUGCUGGCAGGGUAGCCCUACGCAGUUAUGGUUAUAAACAUAGUACAAUGGAAAAAAUGGGCCUUUCGUUUUGCUGAGUUCUGUACAUCUACUUGAUCUAUGCUGAAACAAUUAUAUUAUUUGUUCUGGGUUUAAAUGCACAAUAGCUGAUUCGAGCCUGAUGGUCGUCAACUCUAUAACACUGGUGUCGAGAUUUCUUUCAUGUGAUAUAUGACGAGGGCAAGGCCCGAAUCAAUUUCCAGGCAUGGAAAUCGAGAGCGAAUAAUCUUAACGUUUUGGCAUGAAUCUAGUAGUCAUUCAAGCGUGUUAUUAAGUUUAUAGCUGUUCACAGUUAGGCUACUUUAUAUAACUCGCCAUCCAUCAUAGAUGGUGAGCAGAGAAGUGGUACACAAACCUUAGGUGCUCGACACAGUCACAGACAGUAAUAUUAUUGUGAAUCUUUCUAAUUAACAACGCUUUUCUCCCAGACGCACACUAAACUCUCUCCCCAAUUAUUUUGCAAACUUUUUAAUUAUCGUUUGAAAUGUCUGUAGAUUCGUGUUUGUCAUAUCCCUGUCGGAAUGGUGGAACCUGCAACCGCAACUUAACAUCCGGAGGUUACACUUGCAGUUGUUCUCUAGGAUACAAUGGUGAUAGAUGUGAGAUUGGUAAGGGACUUCUCCAGUUUCAAUUAAAACUCGGCAUGCAGGGGUUAAAUCAAGAUAAUACCCUCUUUUUCCAUCUCAUAACAGGUGAUGUAUGCUCACUAAGUCGGCCAUGUCUAAAUGGAGGUACCUGUUUAUUCCUUAAUUACUGGCCGUACUUCAGAUGCAGUUGUCCAGCUGGAUACCUGGGCCAUAAUUGCUGGUAUCAAAUACGUAAGGAACUCCAUUAUGUCCCUCUUCAGACCACCAACAUAUGCAAAGACCAAUAAUUAAAGAUACAGAUAAAGGAUGGAGUAAUCAUGUGAUUACAUCAUCAAACGAGAGAAAAACAAAACAAAAACACAGAUAGAGGAAUGAACUAAUAAAUUUACAGGCUGACUGACAGACUGAAAAAAACGGAAAGAAAGGUGUCCAGAAAGAAAAAAGAAAGAAGGAAAGACAUUCGUACUGAACGACAUGAUGCCAGAAAAUGAAGGAUUGAAAAAUACACAGAAGGGAAGAUUGACAGAAUCAUAGAAAGACAAAAUGACAGAAUGACAGAAUAACAGAAUUUUAAAUUAUGAUAACAGAAAGACAGAAUGAAAAAAUGGCUGAAUGAGAGAAUUACAGAGUGAUAGAGUGAUAAAAUGAAAAAGUGAUAUGCUGACAGCAUUUCAAAAUAAGAAAAUGACAUAUGACUCUCUUGACUUACCACCAAACUAAAACAAUAUCUGGACUUGCAGAACUAAAAAAAAAAUAGAAAGUAAAAUGACAACAGAUCUCAGAUUAAAUAUUCUCCUCCUUAUCAACAGCUGAUCAGUGUUCCCCUAGUCCUUGUUUCAACGGAGGAACUUGUGAAUACAUCAAUGAAUGGCCGUAUUUUGAGUGCGAUUGUCCAUUUUCUUACUCAAGUUAUAAUUGUGGAUCUCAGUCAGGUAUUAUAAACAUUUAUUUUAUCCUCGCCAUGGAGGGUGGAAGGAUGUGGAAGGAGAUACCGAGCAGAAAACCUCUUAUUAGAAAGGUCCAAUCGCGUAGCAUCGAUGCUGUGUAUCUUGCGAAACGUAAAGGAAAUGAAUAAGUAACCUCUUGAUAUUCUUAUAUGGGCAGAUAAGUUGUGUAAGGGAAUGGACGGAUUCUCUUCAAUGACGAAUUAGUAAGCUCAUAGAUUACAAUUGGAGAGAUGAAUGCUUAUAGAUAAUGCUAUGGAAAUAAAUUAAACCAAACGCAAAAGACAACUUCAUUGAAAGUACAAUAAGCUAUUAGGACACUCUCGGUGGUAGAAGCAGGUAUGACGAACUGUAUGCGAAACACCGCGCAAUCAUUUUGGCUCGGGUUCGAUUCACGUACCUGUGUUUACAUAGUGGCUGAGUUUGGCUUCAAUUCUUAUCCAUGUGUUGAGGGUUUUUCCGGAGGACAGUUUAGUUUUCCUCUUUCAACAAAGACAACAUUCCAGAUCUUAAAUUCGACUUGAUGCAUUAGGUUGGACGUAUAUGAAGUUUUUACCUCUGAUUUGACUUUUUGCAUUUUCUUUAUUUAUUCUGUAGGUGACCCGUGUUCACCCGAGCCCUGCCUGAAUGGAGGAACCUGUACACCAGAGAGUAACCCGCUGGGUUUUGAAUGCAGUUGCCCUUCAGGGUAUAUUGGAUUUAAUUGUGGCGUCGAGCAAGGUAUGAGACUUUCACCAAAAGUGCAAUCAAUAAUUGUGCCAAAUUUUAAAGACUUAUUGAAUUCAUAAAUCCUAGAAUUGACGCCAGUCCAUCUGUUUUUUUUACCCGUAAACUGUUCUGUUUAUUUCUCCAUACAACAACAAGUCAUAAGGUUGCAUCAAUUUAUUAGUUUUAUUUUCUACUUUUUGAGCCUUAUUUGAGUGAGAACUUAACUAUUUAGGAGUCUCUUAUGGAAGUCAGAACUAUAUAUUUGUAAUGCAAGGUAUUCAAAAUAUUUGCAUUUUUCUAAAUCAAAAUUCCUCAUCAGGUGACCGAUGCUCUAACAACCCUUGCAACAAUGACGGGAUGUGCACAGCAGAGAGCAACCUUCUUGGAUACAGUUGUAACUGCACUUCAGAAUUUGUCGGUUUUGAUUGUUCUCUUCUAAAAGGUGCUAUCGUGAUUACCCAAAUAAUAAAUAACUUUACUUUACAGAAAACAUGAGCAUAAUAUUUACGAAACAACAACAUCAUUCCGGGACGUGCCAUAGCUUUGAGUGGUGGUUCUAUCUGUGCUUAAAAAUCAUAACGAUGUGCAUUUCAUAGAGAUGUAUACGUACAUUUUUUAUCCAUAGAAUCUCUAAAAAUUUAAUGACAAAAUAUUACGUACAAAACAGAGAAUUUUAAAAGAACCUUAUAAGAUUUACAUUUAUGUCGCAUAGAGAUUAUGCUCGUCUGCCAUUAUUGCGACUAACAUUUGAACGCAAUAAACUUGACUCCUUUUCUACUUUCAGAUCUGUCGUUAGGUUUUGAAACCCAAAAGAUUGAAAUUUCCAAUCUUUAGCUUAGGCAUCAUUAUCUAAGAUCAUUUUUAAGCUGCAACAAGUUUAAAAAGAAGGUUAAGAGCUUUCUUUUGGGUAUAUCUAUCAACAGACGAUCCCUGUCUCCCAAAUCCAUGUAAAAACGAUGGUAACUGUAUAAGGACAGCUGACCUAAAGGAUUUCACGUGCAAUUGUACCUCAGAAUACACCGGUGAUACAUGUGAGAACAGGACAGGUAAGAUAACUUUUUAAAAGUUUAAACGAAAAGUUGUUGUUGUCGUUGUUGUUCUAAAUAAUUUUAAUGAAUGUAAGAAAGAGGAGAAUUCGAGCCUCCUUAGAUACAGCGUUCUAAUGCCCAACCGCACAGCUAGUACAAAAUAAUCUAUGGAGAGCUAAGCAUCAGUAGCAUGGAGUAUACUGCUACGAUCAGCAAUUUUACAAGCGUCUUGAGCGUGGAUGGAUAAAGAAGGGUUAGGUUAAGCUAACUAACGACUUCUCUUUAGCUCAGUGGUUAAGCAUCACACCUUGAAAUCUUAACUUCUGUAGCCAGAGACAUCCCUCAGGGCUCCGAUUUACUCUAUGCUAUCCCAGGCACCCAUUAUAUAUAUAUAUAUAUAUGCUUCUUGUAUUACCGAGAUCAAACGUUUUCAGCGUCAAUUUACUCUGGAAGUGGCUGGUCCUUUCAUGAAUAUGUACUCUUGUCGCAUUAGAUUAAAUUCUUAAAUCUUUCGGGCAUUUUGAAGUUCACGGCAACUGGAGCGACUGGAAUGAAUGGCCCAACUGUAACAAACCCUGUAAUGGCGGAUCCAGGACAAGAAAACGCACAUGUGAUAACCCAGCACCAGCUUUUGGUGGGAAAAACUGCGAAGGUUUACCCACAGAAAUGGAGAGCUGUAAUUUGGCAAGUUGUCCAGGUUCGCCUUUUGUUUUAUGAUGUGCAAGUUUACUUUCUAUGACAGUAACUAUUUGAUUAAGAUAUCUGGUAACCUUCUAAGGUCCAUUUAUUUGACAAAAAAUUUUAAUGUAUCGGUCGAUAACUAUUUUUUUUUUCUAUUUUCAGCUGAAAUGAUAAACUACAAACUCAAGUUAAAAAGUAGAGACUGGAACAGCAAUCUAGUUAGAGUGGAAAGUGAAGAUUACAUGGACCUUGAAGAAACAAUUACGAAAGAGGUCAUUUCUUUUACGGAAAUUUUAGUCUGUUUUAUUACUUAUGUAAGCAUAAAUGCCGAUGCGUCCUUCUGACAGGGUGGCACCGAUGCCGGUGUAUGCGCAGUCAAAUUUUUUAAAAAUUUCAAAAAUGGUUCAUGUCUGGAAUGCGUAUACAGAGGUAAGUAUGCAGGAAGGAAGUUUAUAGUGCAAGAAAGAAGCAUAAAGAAGCGCAGAAGGACAUAGGGCUAAGGAUGAGAGAAUCAGGUCACAGAGUACAGGCUUUGGGAUGCGAAAUAUGAGAAUCGAGGCACGGGAUUCUGGAUGCAUGAUUAGGGUUGGAGUUAUCAUCUUUCUAGUUUAGAUUUUGGCUAGGUUUAGUUUGAAAUUAAUUACCAUUAAUAUGUUUACUUGUUUGUUUAGUUUGUUUGUUUGUUUGUUUUUGUCGUUCUCUUUAGGUCAUCAAUUUUUACAACAAAAGAGAUGAAGAUGUUACAGUGGUGGUUUUGGAGUUCAGGUACGUUAUGUAAAUUAUGUUUAGAAUUCAUUAGAAACAUGGCAACUUUUAGAGAGAACCAGCCUGACUUAACAGUGGGGUUUAACUCACGAUAGAUUAGCAUCCCCUUUAAGCGGACCUUAACCUGAGGUGGUUUCAUGUGAGUCAUGUGCGCAGCUUUAAAUCUAAUUGAUACACGAUGAAGCGCACUUAACAAUACAAUAUAUCAACGAUUUGUAUUUGGAAACGUCUUCUUUAUUUUCAGGCCAGGAAGUGUUAUUUCUAGUUUUAACGUUACCUACCCUGGAAUAGACUCGUUACAGAUCGUUUCUCUUCAAGAAGAAAUAACGGGAGGUGCAUUGGGGGAAACUUCAGCUGAGUUACUUAACAUCACAGCCGCAAAUGGUACGUAAGCAAAGCAACUCUCAACUGAUGAUUAUAAAAAGCGUCGCGGGGUUGCGCUGCUUCAAUCUUUCUAUGAUAACCUCUAUCAUUAGUUUCAGAACCUAGUACCCUUCUGGCAUUUUGCUAGUUUUGGCUCUGAGCUCACGGCAUUGUUCUGAUAAACCUUCGUAGUUUCUAAGGGCCUAAAACACAAUUAGGCCGUGCAAAUCAUAAACCGUAUUGCCAUUAUUAUGAGAAUUGAAAAAAAUUAAAAACGAAACAGUCUGAACAAUAGUGAGAGCGGGCUAAAAUACAUUUAACCGUCAAAAUCUCCGUUUAAGUACGCAUUACGUGAUUUGGAUAGCUUUGACAGUAUGUUUGUUCUGCAGUACCGGAAGCUCCGCUGAUCUCUGAGGCUAUUAGUACCACUUCGACGAGUAUUGAGUUGAAUUGGACCGCUGCCAUUCAGCCACCUUCUGCUCCACUGCUUGGCUAUGUUAUAGUGUACAAAGAAAUCAAUCAAAAAUUCCAACCAGAUAUUAUGAAAUCAUUACCUCCCAAUCCCUCAGAAGCAGCGCUUGAGGAUUUGAAAAAGUUUACUAACUACACCAUCCGGGUGUAUGCGUUUACAAGCAGCGGAAAUGGAGUGUCUAGUAAGGCAGUCUCUCUCAGCACUCAGGAAGACGGUGAGUUUGAAAUAUGACGAGAAACCUUUCAGUUUCUGUGCCAGGCCUCCCGCUAGCAGGCCCCGUAAAUCUAUAAAAAUCAGCUUAGAGUACUGGGUGUUAUAUUAAGAUGACGCCCUUUUGUUGGUAAGUUUGUAAUUAUCCUUUACAUUUGUUUGUACAACAUUUUUUGUAUGUAUGUUGUUAAGUAUGUGAAGAAAUAGCCAGUUAAUUACUUUUAGAGCUAAAAGGGUUGCCACGGUGGGCUGAAUUUGUUCACGACUUUCUUUUUUCCCCCACCGUUAUAAACACCCUAAGUUUUAAAAUUGAAAUAAAUUUCAAAAUCGAAAUAAGAGCCACCAUGUAGAUGUGGCUUUGCCGAAACUAAACCAUUCAGGUUGGACGGGUCACAAUAGUUGUGCCAGAGAGUAGACCUCAUCUCUAAUGACGCUGAGUUACGUUUUUCUUUAAUCAGCUAAAUAAUAGUAAGUUCUAACAACCCUUUUAUACUGAACUUGGUACUACUUUUCUUCUCUACCCAGUACCAAGUGAGCCGCCUCCCAAUAGCGUCAUUAAAUCUACAAGCGAGAGUUCAAUCCGUGUUUCCUGGGAACAAAUCAGCCAAGUCUAUGUGCAUGGAAUACUUCUCGGGUACGAGGUGAGAUACGCAAUGGAUGAUGGGUCAUCGCCUUGGGUGAGCAAGACGCUAGGUGUAGACGAAUAUGAAAUAGUUUUAAAAGAUCUGGAAUAUUUCACACGGUACAAAGUUGUGCUUUGCGCCAGAACAUCAAAAGGCUGUGGCAAAGAGCAUUCUGACAUCGCUUAUACGUUUGGUGAUGGUGAGUUUAUGCACUCUUCCAUAUACAGUUAACUUUUUUAUUUCCGGGAGUUACAAACGUCUCCUUGCAGUAUAUUUCCAUUUAGGGAGUUAAUACGAAGAAGGAAAUAUAACUUAAAGGAGAAAUUGACUGGUUUAACAACAAAUUAUAAGGGCUGAUUUAUCAAGAAAUAUAUGGAAGACAGUGUAAAGGUUUUUAAAGGCCUGACUUCAAGGAUGGCUCAUAAAAGUUUAUAAAUAAACAUCCUCUUUAUAUCUUCACAAGCUUCGUUAAUAGAAGAUAAACCAAUCAUGAACAUAAAAAUGUGAUGAAGGACGCUUAGUGUAGGCUUCAAAUAUCAUUGAUUAAUAGCUGCGCGGAAGAAUAUCGUGAUGCAUAAUAUUUUUAAGACUUGAAAUUGGUUGAGUGCUUCCGAGCCAGCUAGAUCUUUAGAAGAAGUCUGGCCUAUUUCAUCAGAGUCUUUCGCUAAGGCUCUGAAAUCUUGUCAACCUACGGUUUUGUCAGGAGCUUUUUUUCUUAUCCUCAGUGCCCAGCAAGCCUCCUCAAAGCGUGGCUGCUGAAAGACUAAAAGCUGCAGAAUUCAUUAAAGUCACCUGGAGUCCUGUGCCUUUUGAUUAUGUGGGUGGUCUUCUCAUAGGAUAUUCUAUAAAAUAUAGAAGAAUUGUAACGGCUGAAAAGGAAGUUCUUCCAACGGAGGAGGAAACAGCCAUGGCAAAAUCAACGGAUCUCUUCAUAUUUCUGAAAGUUCAAACCUACUCAAUUUACGAAAUUAAAGUGGCGGCGUUCACUCAAAAGGGCAUGGGCCCGUAUAGCGAUUAUGUUUACGGUGGUAAGUUUGAUGCGAAAGAGAAAUACCAGGAGAGAAGAAUGAUAACAGCCUCACUGUAAAAUGUUUUUAGAAGAUUAUUUGAAAUUUACUGCCAAUUAACUGCCACUAAGGGGGUUCAUGAGCAUAUUACAGAGCCUUACUGGGGACAAGGUAAAUUAUAUCGUGACACAAACAAAAUCCUAAGGCCCCGUCCCCCUGAACAUAAGCAAUGCAGACCGCUUCCUUAUAUGAUGUCGUGAUUUGGUUCUCUCGUUGACGGAGAGGUGAGGGGGAGGUUAGGACAGUGGGUAUUGAUUUUUAUCCUUCCGAUAAAAAAAAAAUGGAAUUUUUUUUCUUCUUUUUUUCGUCUUUCCAUUCUCUUUUAGAAACCUGUCGCUGUCCGAAAAUCCUUUACACUAACUACUGGUCAGCUUCUCCAUAUCUAAGAGUGAACAAACAGGACAGGAAGUUUGGUGGAAUAUUGAGUAACAUUGUCAUUGACAUGAUUCAAGCGGCUUGCGACACCUGUCCCGAAUACGGUCGUACUAUAGUUAAAACUGAUUCAAACGGAAAAGGAAAAGAUGCCUUCAAGAAAAGUCUCUUAGGAGUUCUAGCUGACAUUGAUAAUAUCCCACAGAUAAGUUUCCCGAUUUAUGGCAACGAAUACAUCACAAGGUUCAUGGGAAGUAAUGUCUACAUAAACCUUGUGGAGUCUCCAGGACUGGCGUUUAUUGCUGUUAAGAGGAUGCCUGGAACAGCGGCCCGGAACAUGAUAAGUGCUGUGUUGGAUUGCGCUCCGUUGGUAGUGCUUUCAGGCUGUAUGGCAUUCAUCGCAGGGUUUAUCAUAUGGGUUCUAGUGAGCACCAUAAGAACUAUUUACUUGUUGCAAAACGUGAAAUUGGAUUUAUCUAGUUCAUCUCUGACAUGUUAUUUGAUAACAAAUUCCUGUAAUUCCGCUAAAGGAGAAAAAAACCCCAUUAGUAUUUGCCACGCUCUAAACAAGCGGCUUUGUAGCAAAUCAGCAUCAAAUAGGCGUGAGCUCAUUCCCCGCAGAGGCGUAAAUCGGUGCGGUGAUGGCAAUGUUGUUUAAAUUUGUUGGGAAUAUAAAAAGUUUUUACCUCUCUUUCCCCGAAUCGUCCAUCGUUUAAGGCAUAAGCCUUAUGAAAAUACGCAUGAGUUUCUUUCUUUUCUUCUGUCUGAAAUCGUGUCUUUUUUCUUAUUCGACAAUUCCUUGAAAUGACAUUGUCAAGCCUCGCUCAGAUCAGAAGCGGUAGUUUAUUAGAAGUAUAAACAAUUCUCUUAAACUUUUGUUUCACGUAAUAAUUUUGAACAGGACAUGAAACAAAACCCGGAUGAAUUUCCAGCCUCUUUUAGCAAAGGCGUCGGUGAAGGAUUCUGGUGGUCAUUUAUCUCCAUGACAACUGUCGGGUGAGAACAGCACGAAAAAAUAACUAUUAGUCACAUUACCUUGGUUAAGGACCUGUAUCACUUGUUUGUUGCUUUUUUUUUCUUAAAUCAGUUAUGGAGAUCGCUCGCCCCGUUCUGUUCCUGCUCGUAUUUUUGGUAUCGCAUGGACCCUUACUGGUCUUGUUAUUAUCUCAGUUCUGAUUGGUGCAAUAUGUUCAGCACUCACGUCUUCUACUAUAUCGUAUCCCGUCACCCUCUAUGGCACAAAGGUGAGUUAUUUCGAAGACUGUCACAACACUUUUCUAACUAUUCCUUGCGCUUUGGAUGGAAUUUCACCAACAAAUUCGGCAAGUUCAAUAUCACAAAUGGAUUUGCAUCACAAACGACGCACUGAUUAAUCAAAUAGACUGAUUGAUUGAUUACCAACUGACUGAUUGAUGGAUUAAUUGAUCGAUCAGUAGAUAGAAAUUGUAAAUGAGUGAUUGGUUUCUAAUUGCAUGCUCCUGAACACUCACGAAAGCGUCCUUAAUCUCUUGUUUGAUUUUAUAUUUAGCAGCAACAUGACUAUAAUUGUAUUACUUUGAACGUUUGAGAUUUGAGAUUUCAGUUUCCUUGGUAUGUGGAUAUAUAUUUAUGUCAUUUCAGGUUGGAGCCAUUCAAAACUCUACCGAGCAACGCGUCGGCGUUUUGAAAAACGCAAGAGUAAACGAAGGUAGCAUUUGAAUUUUCCUUUUUUCUGUGAUAACUUAUCUUCUUCUUUUUUUAUUUAUUUAUUUUUUAACCAAAAGGAAACAGUUCAUCUGCUCGUAGCGUGCGAUUUUUUCUUGAUAUAUUAACUUAGAAAAGAAAAAGUAUUUUGUUUUGCUAGACAAGUUCCAUCGUCCAAGAUUGGAGGUGUCAAAAAAUUGAAAAGAAUCUUUUGUAAGAAAAAGGUCUCUUUUAGGGCAGCUGACAUGAUAAGGAUAAUUUUCAGCCUCGUAUCAUUCACUGCUAACUGUCUAGUGAGUUACUUAUUUCUUUUACGGCUUUGUUAUUGUGGACGUCAUAGGAAACAAUAUAAUUGAUAUCAUCAAUAUAAAAAUAUCAAACACGUUGAUCUUUGCGAUGCAAGCUUGUGCGGCCGGUUAUUUAAACUACCAAAUCUAAGCAAACUUACUUGGAAAUGUAAACUUGCAGCAAAAAAAAAAACAACGCUAUUCAUAAUGCGUGUGGAUCAGUAAAGCCGUACGAAAACUUUUUCAUAAUCAUAGGUCUUAACUUACCUAUAACUGAAUCAUAGAUAAGAAAUAUACCAACUUUGAGGACCUCCGUUCAGCCCUGGAGGAUGGAAAAGUUGAAGGUGCUCUUUUAGACACCUAUGUUGCAGCAGAGCACAAAGACGAGCUCUUCAACGACAAAAUCUUUGUGAGGGAGAUUCUGGACAGACCAUUCGGUUAUGGAGUUGUUUUAUCAGGAGCGGCAGUGAAUGUGGAACAGAGAUGUCGCGAUUACAUCAGCAUGCAGAUAAGCAAAAUAUUCCAUAUCAUCCAGAACACAACUGAAACGCUUGAUGUAAGUGUCUCAUUUCCUUAAAAAAAACGCCUUUGUUUGAGCACAUGGAGUAUUGCAAUAGCUUUUGAGAUACUUUUUUCGGUUGGAAAGGAAAAUUUCAAUUCAUUGUCGUAAAAUAAUGCAAAGCAAUCGCCACGUUCAAUCAGAGAAAAGGAGAAUAUCGAAAGAGCCAAUAACAACGCACCGCAAAACCAAUCAAACUGUCUGAAGGGUAGGAAAACGCGAGGGAACAAUUUACAAAAGCCGGUUUUAUAAUUGUUUUUUUUGAAGCAUCGACACCAUGUAGUACUUUGUCACAUAAUGUCAGAAACAGUUCUUCAGUGCCUGUUUUUAUAAAUACACUUGAAUAUUUUUGAUUAAAAAAGCUUUUUUGUAACUUUUUUUAACCAUAUUUUAAAAUCUUUUUGAGAUUGGAAAGCGCCAGGAUACUGGUGUUAAAAAGAUAUCUUUAUCCAGAACGAGUUUUCAAGUACUCUUUGCAACUCUAUGUUUCUAAAGUAAUAAUAAGCUUGCAGUAUUGAUACAGCCGACAUUACCGUCCACCCUCUAUCCUUAAAGAAGUCGAAUAAUCCCAAGCUAUUCGUGGCACAGUCCAUCCACCGAACUCAAAGUAUUGUGGCACAGCCUACCCACCGAAGGUACAUUGUAGACAUCUCUGUGCAAUUUGAAAACACUGCUCGUUGUUGUUGUUGUUUCUUUUUUUUUUCAAACUUUAGCCAGCUCCAUCAGAUGAGGAUGUGGAGCAGAGCACGGGCCUGUUUGAUGGUUCUUCUGAUACGUUCCUUAUCGCAAUGGCUUCUUUGAUUGGAAUGUUAGGAGUUGCUGUCAUCGUUGGACUUAUUUAUCAGUAUAAGAUAUUCGUUCCUCAGGAAAACAAAGGUAAAGUUAUUGCUUUGUUUAAGGGAAACCGAAUAGGGUGUCUGGUUUGGUUUAUUUCAAAUGUGAACAUAGAAUAUAUAUAAAGGCAAAUGCUUGGGUAGAAUUGCGAGAUCGAUUCCUCUCGGUCGCCAUUUUGGUUUGGUGUGACAGAGAUGACGGGUUGGGUAAAAAAAAAAAGAAAUCUAGCGAAGGAAUUCAAAGAAAGACAGACUAGCAGGUAGAAGGAGAUCACGAGGUUUUUUCCCCUUCUACUAUUUGUCAGCUUAUCUUUCCUCUCCCUUUGCGAUAGGGACUAUUAGCUACCAGAACAACUACCUCGCGCAAAAACGCGUCCAUCGUCAGGAGAAUUUGCUCAAUUUGACUAUUUACUAUUCGAGGCUGAGCUUUUACGAGUCAUAGUAAAAGUAAUCAAUAGUGAAUAUUUCAUCAUUUCAGUUGCAAGACUCAAGUCUUCCACAUCACAUUUUGCUUCGAAAGAAGCCUUUGUUGAAGAAAUGAGAGAAUUCGUGAACUCGUUUUAUUCUGAGCUUUCCAUCAAGAUAAAUGCGAGCAAAGAGAAGAACAAACAAGCAAUUGAAAAAAUCAAAGAAAGAGUUGGAAAGAAACUUGGAGGAUCUGCAAAGAGCUCGAAAAUUCCUGGCCUGGUGAUAAAAAAUCCAGCCUAUUCAAGCUCGUCUGCUGAAAACUCCUUCGACUUGAAAAGAAAACUCAUCAGGCCCAGCUCGACAAAAAGCCUUCUCGAUCAGACUCAACAAUGGAAUUCUCCAAAUUCUGCAGCCCUGAAUCGUGUUGAAGUAUUGUUGAGGUCAAAAAGCUCAUCCAAUGAUCACCGUAAACGUGGUAUGGGGUGUGAGACAACUUUGCAUAACAGUAAAGCGAAGAAAAGUUAUACGAAGCCCCGAAAGCUUAAUGUUGCAAAAUAG